AGGGGGCCGGUGGGGAGCGCGGCCCGUAAUGGGCGGCGCCGGCGGCCCGGUUCUUGCGGGCGGGUUGUGCGGCGGCCGUGAGGAUGAGCCGGUUCCUGAGCGUGCUGCGCAGCUGGCUGGUGAUGGUGUCGGUGAUCGCCGCCGGCAACACCCUGCAGAGCUUCCGCGACCACAGCUUCCUCUCGGAGAAGCUGUACACCGCCAGCCCCGGCCUCGUGAACGGGCUGCAGGCUCGAAACUUCGGCGUCUGGACGCUGCUGUCAUCGGUGAUCCGCUGCCUCUGCGCCAUCGACAUCCGCAACAGGACCCUCUACUACAUCACGCUCUUCACCUUCUUUUUGGCCCUUGUUCACUUCCUCUCCGAGGUCUUCAUUUACCACACUGCAGCCUUGACAAUUGGAAUUAUGGCACCCCUCAUGGUAGCAAGUUUCUCUAUCAUGGGGAUGUUGAUUGGCCUGCAGUACCUGGAGGUAGAAGCACUGUCACAGAACAAGAAGAAAAACUGAAGCUGAGGGCCCUGUGUAGGUCAGCGUUGUCUCCUAACUUCACUGCCAAACUUCCACUAAAGCUCGGCUGAACUUCUCCAGGACACCAGUUCCACUGGUGGAUCAUUGUUGGGACUCUGUCAAUUGUUCUUCAUUACCAAGUGUUUUCUCUUGCCCAGGCAACAUUGCAACUGACUGAGCUCAAAGACCAAGCCCCAGAGGAGUCUGUGUCAAAGCUUGUCAGGGGGCGGUUGGUGACUGCCUCCCCGGAUGGCCAGCAAUGUCUCAGGCGUGCCCAGUGCACUAAGGAAUUUUCUCCCAGUAUACCUGUGGGGAGGAGGUGUAGAGCUACCCGGGAUCCACUGAACGCUUCAGAACGGAAAGAACGAACGCGUGCUGCCCUGGCGCUGCUGUGUAACUUGCAUGUCUGUGUUCCUCAGGGGCCAUUUCUAAUAAAUGACAGAAAACUGCA